AUGGCUGAAGAAACACCAACCCCCACCAUUAAAGUCAUCAUCGUAGGCGCCGGCCCUUCCGGCCUUCUCCUGGCUCUCAAUCUCGCCCGGCACGGUAUUGUCGUCCGAGUCCUCGAGUCCGCCUCCAGCCCGGACACCCGGCCGCGAGCAACGCACUACGGCCCUGCUGGUGUGUAUGAGCUCCGGCGGUCGGGUGUCCUUGACGCCAUCAUCAGCCGCGGAGGACUCAGACCCUCGGGCGUCACCUGGCGCUUCCCCAGCGGGGAGGUACUCGCCGAGCUGCCCAAGAACCCUAUACCUACCGCAGAUGGGGUAGUGAGCCUGCCACUCAACCUCGUGGUCGAGAUAUUACUCGAGAAGCUACGUGAGCAGCCGACUGCAGAGGUCAGUUUUGGACAUCGCGUUCUGCAGGUAAACCAAGACGACAGGGCAGCUUGGGUCGAAAUCGGGAUGGACACUGGGCCGAACGGAGGGUGUGCAGCAGACAAGUCCACCCUCACAGCUGACUACGUCGUCGGAUGUGAUGGUGCCAGCAGCACGGUACGUCGUUGUCUCUUCGGAGAUUCGUUCCCCGGAUUCACCUGGGACCUGUGGCUGGUGGCAGUCAACGUACGGCACCCGGGAUUCGAUGUUAUGGGCUGGUCCGACAUCAACUUCGUCAUCCACCCUACCGAGUGGUUCAUGGCCGCCCGCGUAGGUGGCCCGGACGGCCUUUGGCGGGUGACUUUCGGGCAGGAUGGCGGCCUGUCACAGGACGAGUGCGUCGCUCGCGUGGCCGAACGCCUGCGAGCGGCUCUUCCUGGGCAGUCGACUGUCGAAGAACCUGACAUCGUCAGCUUCAGUCCGUAUCGCAUCCAUCAGCGCUGUGCUCCCCAGUUCCGCGUUGGCCGUAUCCUCCUGGCGGCGGACGCGGCGCACCUGUGCAACCCAAUGGGUGGGAUGGGACUGACGAGCGGGAUGGUCGACGUAGGCGGGCUAUCGGACUGCCUCAUCGGAAUCUAUAAUGGGGUUGCCAUGGACGAGAUUCUAGACAAGUACAACAGUGUCCGCCGAGGGAUAUACAAGAACGUGGUAGACCGGAUCACGACAGCGAACCUCGAACGCUUGACGACGGAAGCUGGUGAGGCUAUUGAAAAGGAUGAGUUCUUGAAGGCACUUCGGUCUACGCCAGGCCCGGAGAGUGCUGCGAUGCUUGCUAACGUCUUGAGGGCUCCGGGGUUGUUGAAACAUGACUUUACGCAAUAUUAUACAGGUACAAAAGCAUCGAUAAAGGAUCUGGAGACGGCGGGUAGUGCUGGGGAUGUAACUGUUACCUCAGGGUAG